CCAACAUAUCUACUAGUAUUCACAAUAAUAAAAUAUUUAAUGCGACAGAGUAGCUGGUGGCAUUCAUUCGUAACGUUAGACCAUAAACAUAAAUUGGUUAAGUCACAUACAAACCAUGAUAUUUUUUAUUUUUCCGUUACUUUUCUUGCAUUUUUCCUCAGGGCAAGUAUUGAGUUUAGGAAAGUGCCCUACUAAUGUACAACCUAUGCAAGAUUUUAAUGCAACCCAGUAUUUAGGAGAGUGGUAUGAAUAUGCUAGGUACUUUGCUGUAUUUGAAUUUGAUGGAGAAUGCGUCACUGCCACCUAUGGUGCGGGUGAAAAUGGCACAGUUAAAAUAAAAAAUGAGCUAAGAAAUGGCUUAUUAAAAAAUCACCUCUCAAUUACUGGAAUAGCUACUUUUGUUGAAUCACCUACAGUUGCCAAGCUUUCUGUAGUAUUUCCUUCAUUGCCUGUGAGGUUUGCAGCGCCUUACUGGAUUUUAAAAACAGAUUUUGAUUCUUAUGCCGUCGUUUGGUCCUGCGUCCAAAUUUUAGUAUUUAACUCACAAAAUACCUGGAUUUUAACAAGAAAUCGAAUUCCUUCAAAAGAAACUUUGGAGAACGCAUAUAAUGUGCUUAAAACCCAAAAUAUUGCUAAUUUAUUAAGAAAAACCAAUCAAAAAGAUUGUUAGAGUAAAAUUGCUUUUAUUGUUAAAAAUCAUUUUAUAAGUAAAUAUUUCUCAAUAAUUCUA